AUGUUACUCAUCAUGUUUUCAAAAUUUCUACUCUUCUUUUUUGCUCUGAAUGCAACAGCUGCUCCAGUGUCUACCAGGCAAAAUAAUGAUGGAUCUACUACGCUGAUGACCGUCACAAAUACCCUGACGCGAGGUGGUCCAGUCACGGAAACCUGUGUUAUCACGUUAACUCCAAUAAAGGAUGAGGAUGGGAAGCCGGCUUUCGAGGAAGUGAGGAAAUGCACGAUAAGUGUAGAUGGGUCGAAAUCCGGUAGUUCCAGCAGCUCGUCUAGUGACUCUUCCAGCACAUCGACGUCAACGGACAGUUCAUCUACGUCCACCUCAACUACUUCUACCGGUUCAUCAACCCCUUCUACCGAUUCAUCCUCAACCUCCUCCACCUCUGGUACGGACAGCUCUUCCUCAGCUUCAGGGAGUGGGACAUCAACCAGUGCCAGUACUUCAGCAUCAGCAUCUGCUACCUCCAGUGGGUCACCCGCAGUAAUUGUUAACGGUGCAUCGACAAUUCCUCUCACCCAAGUGACUACUCCUUCUGCGUCUGCUUCUGGGAGUACCACAAGUAUCACAUCCUCCAGUUCGGCCUCCAUCACUGCUACAGAUGCAACGAGUCAAAGUCAAACUGCCGGUGCUGAUGUAACAGGUUCUACCACCACGACAGCCUCUUCGACUGGAACUCCCGCUCAGGCUGCUGAAGCUAGCGCUACCUCUACCCAAGCGUUCAAUCUUCCUGGGAAGAGUAUCUCUGUCCUUCCGAUUGGACUUGGUGUCUUUGCUGGAAUAUCCGUCAUUGCAUUAAUAGUUGUUGGUUUGGUUACGUAUGAGAGGACCAAGUACCGCAAGGCGUUCAGGCAACGGAAACUUGCGGAAUCAGGUGCUGCCAUGGGUUAUGGAGGCAUGGCACAACGUACAUAG